AUGCUAGUAUUGGGGCUUACAGGAGGUAUUGCCUCUGGAAAGAGCACAUUGAGCCAACAUCUGGCAAAUGACAAAGACAUAUCGAUAGUUGACGCCGACAAGAUUGCCAGGGAAAUAGUAUACCCUGGUAAACCUGCUUACAAGAAGAUCGUCCAAUACUUUGGCCCCAAGAUUCCCAAUCUGGUCUCAAAAGAUGGUUCCCUAGAUAGACACAAUCUCGGAAACUAUGUGUUUCAGAACAAGGCUGAAUUGGGUGUAUUAAAUGGUAUCACUCACCCACAAGUUAGAUGGGAGAUGUUCAAGGAAAUGAUUUGGGCUUAUCUCUCGUUCAAAAGAAUCGUACUUCUGGACGUUCCGCUAUUGUUUGAAGCCAAGAUGGGCAAUAUCUGUGGUUCAAUUAUCGUGGUAACAUCUGAUCACGAUUUGAAAAUGGAACGGCUAAGAGCGAGAAACCCAGAACUGUCUCUAGAAGAAUGUGAAUCUCGUAUCAACGCCCAGAUGUCAGAUGAGGAGAAGUCCGCAUUGGCUGAUGUCACAAUAGCCAACAAUGGCACGAAGGAAGAAUUUGGAAACAAGAUCGAUAUAGUAAUUUCUACGUUGAAACCAUCUAAAUGGUGGACAAUGCUGUCUCUUUUUCCGUUAAUAGGAGGGCUGAGUGCCAUAUACUACCUACUUCAAAGGCGAAGACACAUGAACCAAAUCAAAAAUAAAGCCAAAGAGACGUGA